AUGAGUACUACAGUACAAACAUCUACAUCUUCUGACAAAUCGCAUGAAAUUGAAGAUGCAAAACUAUGGAAAAUUUUUCGUAUUGAUUUCCAACGUGAAGCUAAAGAAUUUCCUGAUAAUAAAAUUUAUGCAAAUAUCAACAUUGAACCUGAAUCAGCUCGGAAACUCAUUGAAAAGUUUUUUAUAAAUCAAGAAGCAAUAACAGAUAAAAUGACACUUUGUAUACAUAAUAAUUUUGAAUGUGGUACAAAGCAUAAAAUUAGAAUCAAAGCAAAACUUAAGAAUGGAACAGAAACGUAUCAGUCAGAUCUUAUCUAUUUUACUGUACCCUCUGUAGAAGAAAAACAGAAUGGUGAAUAUAUAUAUAUACGUAAUGAAUCGAUUCCACCGACUAUACAAGGUGUAAUUACGAGUGAUGAAGAUACAGAUGAAGAGCAACCAGAACCACAACGUAAUAAAUUUAAAGAACGCGCAUUAGAACUUCUUCAAAAACUUGAAAAUCAAAUCUUAUUAGGAAGAACAUCAGUCAUGUAG